AUGAUAUGGCAAAUUCCAUACCCAUUAUUAACAUACUUUGAUGCAAGUGAACUACCAGUUUUGAUGAAUGGACAGGAUAAAAAAGUGUGGACAUAUGAUAUGACUGGGAAAUUUUCAGUGGCAGGUGCAACUCAAAUGAUAAGGAAAAAAUAUCCUAUUUUGACAUGGGCAAAGCGGGUAUGGAAUCCUUGUGUACAGCCAUAUACUUCAAGUAAUUUAUGGAAGAUCUUAAGAGGAGCAUGUGCAACAGAUGAAUCAGUCAGGAAAAAAGGAUUCUCAACUGUAUCUAAGUGUUAUCUAUGUGGCAAUAAUCAAGACACAAUGGAUCAUAUUCUUUGGUCUUGUACUUUUAGUGAACAGAUAUGGCAUUGGCUGAGUGGCAUAUUUCACUGCACAAGUCCAAAAUGUUUUGAAGAUGUUAUAGAAGUGGCCAAAGGAAAAAGCUCUGCAAUCAAACAAGUGUGGUACAACAGUGCUUUCAACACUAUGGUGGAACUCUGGUUUACAAGAAACUCUGUUAUUUAUGAAGCAGUGACUCCAGAUGUGGAAAAAUUCAAGCAAAGAAUAAUACGAGUUACAGGUGAAUGUAGUGCAAGAAUGAAGGGAGAGAUGUGGGGGACAAUGUAUGAUUUACAAGUACUCCUAUUUUUUGGCAUCUCUGGAGUUAGAGCUAAAAUUACAACAGUGAAACAAUGUUUCUUUAAGAUGCUAGAGCUAAAUCAAAUAUUAAUAAGUUGUAAUGGAGCAUAUAAGGGUAAUCCAGGGAUGGCAGGUUUAGGUUUUGUUGCAAGAAACAGUUCAGGUGCAUGUAUUGGAGUUGCUUCAGGUGGAUUGGGGUUAGCAACAAACUACUAA